AUGACACAAGUGACCAAAAGCACCGGGCAGGGGAGGCCGGCAACCCCCUGGCUGCCAGGGGCUGCCGUUCCUGCCGUGCUCUGCUGGGGUUUUGUGAGGAGGAAAUGCAGCAUUGCUCCACUGGAACUGGCUCUUCCUGAAAGGGGCAGCGUGGCAGCGAUGGACAGCGCUGGGGACAGUGCAGGGCAGCCCCCAAGCCGGGCCAAGGUGACUGUGACCGUGUACAAGGACCUGGUGCUGCAGCACUACGGCUUCGAGAUCUGCCCCGGGCUGCCGCUGACCAUCGCCUCCAUCACUGCAGGGAGCACAGCUGACGGCAAGCUGCAGCCCGGGGACCAGCUCAUCAUGAUCAACUCCAGCACGGUGGAGGGCCUGUCGGUGGAGCGGGCCGCCAGCCUCAUCAGGGACGCUGGUGACGAGCUGCUGCUGACCGUCCUGCGCUGCACGGCCGGCGGCCCCAAGUCGUCGUUCCUCACCGAGGAGAAGAGGGCGAGGCUGAAAACCAACCCGGUCAAAGUGCGGUUCGCGGAGGAGGUGCUGCUGAACGGACACUCGCAGGGCAGCUCCCUCCUGUUCAUGCCCAACGUGCUCAAGGUGUACCUGGAGAACGGGCAGACCAAGGCGUUCCGCUUUGAGAGCAGCACCACGGUGAAGGACAUCGUGCUGACCCUGCAGGAGAAGCUGUCCAUCCGCAGCAUCGCCCACUUCGCCCUGGUGCUGGAGGAGCAGUACAACCUGGCCAAGAUCCACCUGCUGCACGAGGAGGAGCUCAUUGCUCAGGUGGUCCAGAAGAGAGACUCUCAUGACUACCGCUGCCUCUUCAGGGUGUGCUUUGUCCCCAGGGACCCCUUGGACCUCAUGCAGGAAGACCCAGUGGCCUUUGAGUAUCUGUACCUGCAGAGCUGCAGCGACGUGCUCCAGGAGAGGUUUGCAGUGGAGAUGAAGUGCAGCGUGGCCCUGCGCCUGGCUGCCCUGCACAUCCAGGAGAGGAUCUCUGCCUGUGCCCAGCCCCAGAAGGUGUCCCUGAAAUACAUCGAGAGGGACUGGGGAAUCGAGAACUUCAUCUCGCCCACCCUGCUGCGGAACAUGCGAGGCAAGGACAUCAAGAAAGCCAUCAGCUACCACCUCAAGAGGAACCAGGUGCUGCUGGACCCUCGGCAGAAGCACACACUCAGCGCAGCCCAGGUGCGCCUCAGCUACCUGCAGAUCCUGGGGGAGCUGAAGAUGUACAGCGGGAUGAUCUUCAAUGCCACCAUGAUGCUGCAGGACCGCGAGUCGUACGUGGCGCUGCUGGUGGGCGCCCGGCACGGCGUGAGCCAGAUCGUGAACAGCAAGCUGAACAUCGCCAGCAGCCUGGCCGAGUUCCCCAGCAUCAGCAGGGUGGAGCUCAGCGAGGACUCGGAGCGCGUCAGCACCGUCAAGAUCUACCUGCAGGACCUCAAGGUGCUUACUCUGCUGCUGGAGUCAAACAGUGCAAAGGACCUCGUGUGCCUCAUCGCUGGCUACUACAGACUCCUCGUGGAUGCAAACGCCUCCAUAUUCACCUGGGGAGAGAAACAGCAGCAGCUGCACCGUGUCUCAGCUGAGGAAGGCUACGAAUCCCGAGCCUGCAGCGACUCCGAGGACUCGUGCGAGCCGGGCUCGGGCUCGGGCUCGGAGCGGCGCCCGGGGAGCCCCGCGGCGGGCGGCGACACCGGCAGCGACAGCGCCUCCGAGGCCUCCGACUCGGCCAACGCCGAGAGCCGCGGCUGCAGGACCAGCGGCUCCAGCGACUCCGGGGAUGCGCUGGAGGAGGAUGGGGCGGAGGCGCGCCCUUCCUGCGGGCCGGGGCCGCUGCGGUUCUGCGCGCCCGCCGUGCGGGACACGAGCGGCUCCGGGAGCGGCUCCGAGCCGGGCUGCGCCGCGGGCAGCCCCGCCGGCAGCGGCACCGGCACCGGCACCGGAGGCGGCUUCUGCUGCCCGCAGGCGCGGCCCGGGGGCGGCCCCGCGGGGCAGGGCGAGGCUCCGGCCCCGCCGCCCGAGGGCAGCGCCCAGGGCAGCCGCAGCCGCGGCCCGGGCUCCGGAGCGUCCCCCGCGCCCGGGACAGCGGGGCACGGCGAGCCCGUGCUGCGGCCGCCGCCGGGAUUCGCCGACUCCAGCUCCGAGGAGGAGUUCUACGAUGCUGCGGACCGGCUCAGCCCGCCGGCAGGCUAUGAUGCAGCAUCCUGGGAGGGCACAGGGAGCUCCUCCUGCAUCCCAAAGAGGCUGAGGUGCUACAGCUUGGGGGAGACCCCCUCGACCAGGGAGAAGCAGGGCCAGGAGAGGGAGCUGACCUGCAGCAAGAGCCUGAGGAAGAGAAGGUCCUUCCUGAAAACUGAUUACACCUCUCAGGUCAGCUUCCCUGCAGCUGCCCCGGGCUCCGCACAGCGCUGCUGCUCCUGGCCACCCACUCAGCCCUCGGCAGAGGACACGGGGAAGGACGUGGAGAGGGGGAUUCCUGCAGCCCCCCAGGCCCAGGGGGACACUGCUGGCACAGAGCCCUGCUCUGCUCCGAGGGACACGCAGCCUGGCGCCGCGGGGGCUAAGUCGGUGAUGGAAUGGCUGGUUUCCUCCCUUCUGGACAUUCACCCUCCCGGUGGCCAGCGUGGGGAGGAGGAAAGCAGCCUGCAGCCACAGCAGCCCCCUUUGCUGUCCCUGGAGCCCCUUCCCCACAGUGCCAGGGGAGCUGCCCAGUGGAGCUGCCCAGGGGAGGCAGGUCCCGGGUGUGUGAGCCACGAGAGCCCUGUGCCCGCUGCGGGCUGGCAGAGCCCAGGACCACAGGAGGAGCGGGGUGCGGUGGUGCCCGCCCGGCACAAGGCCAGCGUUGUGCCCUCUGCUGUUGUGUGCCCUUCUGACGAGCUCCUGCUGCUGCCACCGGCUCCUGUGCCCAGCACGGCCCCUCCCCGGGAGCCAGCCCAGGGGCAGGGGCUGCUCCCUGCCAGGGUGGAGCCUUCCCUGGCUCCCUGUCGGGAGAGCAAAGCCCAUGGCCAGAGCUGUGCCACCGACAGCGGCGGUGCUGAUGGUCAGGGCAGUGCCCGUGGUCAGUGCUGUGCUGACAGCCCGGGCGGUGCCAAUGGUCAGUGCCACGCCAAUGGUCAGUGCUGUACUGAUGGCGAGAUCCAUGCUGACAUGCAGGGCAGUGGCGGCAGCAGCUGCGAGGGGGCCGUGUCCCGGGCCGGGGGCUGGCAGGGGGUGAGCAGGCAGGCCCUGCUGAGGGUGCACGAGGGGCACACGGGGCUCCCAGACACGGCCCAGCUCCUGGCAGGCUGCAGCAGCGCCCCGGGGGCUCUCACACGCCUCUCCUGGCUGGCACUGGGCGUGAGGACAGCCCCCGUGUCCCACAGCCCCGGGGCACACAGCCCGGUGUCCCACAGCCUGCAGGACAGGGCCGAUGUGCCCCCGGAGCCCCUGGGCUGUGUGAUGCCCAGCGGGUGCAGCGGGGCCGGCGCUGGCGGCAGGAAGGUGCCCACGUCCCCCGCAGCAGGAGCAGGCUGUGCCAGGGAGCUGGUGGGCAGCUCGGGGCCGGGUGCGGGGCAGCCCGGGGAUGCAGGGCAGCCGGGAGGUGCGGGGAUCGUGGCUCAGCAGCAGCCGCAGCGCGCUCAGGCUCCCCUUCCCCGGGGGCAGGCGGCGGCGCUGGGCCAGGGCUCCCGCCUGCCUCCGGCUGCAGGGCUCCCCAUCUCCUCGGUCCCAGCUGCCCCGGGGAGAGGAGCAGGAGACCACGGGGCUGUAACACACUCGUUUCUCUGUUUUAACCCCGAGGAGGGCGAGCAGACCCCUCUGUCCCCCGCCCCACGCGGGCUGGAGAGCUGCGGCUGCCGCCUGCCCUACAUCAGCUGCUUCCCCCAGCCCCAGAGCCAGGGGGAGGGUGAAAGCAGCCCCCCCCAGCUGCCAGGGCCCCUCACCUGCCCCCCCCCCAGCAGCUGCAGCCUUGCCAGGACCCCCGGGGGCGGGCUGAGCCUUGCUGGGCACAGGGCAGGGCAGGAGCCGCACCUGCGAGCGCUCGGGCAGCUGAAGCAGCAGGCGCGGGCCAGCCCCGCGGAUCUCUCACGCUUCCUGGCCUACACCGCGGAGCUGCAGCAGGUUGUGGGGCAGCUCUGCGGCAACCAGGCCACCCCCCUGCACCGCCAGUGCGCGGAGCAGGGUGCGGAGAGCAAGGGUGCCCUGGGCUGGGCUUCCCAGGACCUGCUGUCCAGCUGCCAGGCGCUGCUGAGCGCGGAGCAGCCUCUGCCCGAGGUGCAGUGCGCCCUGAGAGCCACCUUCGACCGCCUGGUGCAGCUGGCAGUGACCUGCUUCCAGGUGGCACACUGCCAGCACUGCGGGCAGCGCCAGCAGGAGCUGGGGGCGGCGCUGGGCCGUGUGGUGGGCACCUACCAGCGGCUGGUGCAGGCCCUGCAGCAGCAGCUGCACGGGCAGGUGUGCCCCGAGCUGGGCGCCAAGCUGCUGGCCCGCCAGCACGUGGCCCUGGCUGCUGCCAUCCUCUGCCUCCUGCAGCAGUUCAGGGCGUCCCCGAGGCUGUGA